UUCAAGCACCUGAAAGCAGCGGGGUAGCGGAUGUAACAGCAGCGGUCUGCCGUACAGCGGCAACAAUGUAGCAGUCAACGCAGGAACAUCUUUCCGACUUGUUUAACGACAGCGUUGUAAUCUUCAUUCAUGCUGAUAAAAAGUUUCUGGAUAUGAAAAUGUGUUUGCAACGAUAACUGUGCUUUCUGUCAGGAAAUACGAGGCGAGGGAGUCGAGGGGGAGGUGGGGAAGCUGAAGCUCUCGAGGCGCUGCCUAACCCCGCUUGAAGGUUUGGAGGAGGACGUUGGCCUUCUUUCUUAUUUACCAGUCUAGCUUCACGUUUUACCAGUCUAGCUUUAAUGGCUUCGCUCAACCUUCGAGGCGCCAUUGGAACACCGGAGACGGGCGUGUAGCGCUAGCGGAUACCGGGGAAGCAGCUUGUAGCGUUACCGCCCCGUUUCCCCCCCUUCAGCAACACCCAGCCACACGGUAAAUAAAGCAGUGGGGCGAAUACUAUCACCAAGGACCCCGUACAAAAUGGGGAACACAACCUCCUGUUGCGUGUCGUCGAGCCCCAAACACCGGAGGAGCAACCACUCCAGGCUGGAGCCGUACCGACCGGAGCCGGAGCUGAGUCGAGAGGACACGGGCUGCAAUCUCCAGCACAUAAGCGACCGAGAAAAUUUAGACGAUCUGCCCAUGGAAUAUAAUCCUUCAGAUCAUCCCCGUGCCAGCACCAUCUUUCUUAGCAAGUCACAAACAGAUGUUUUGAUGCCCAACAAGAGAGUUCGAGAAAAGCGGAAGAGCCUUUAUAUCAACCAUUUCACACACAUUUUGGAAAACAAGCAUCAUCCAGGUCCACUGAGACGAAAGUACAGCUCCUGUUCCACUAUAUUUCUGGAUGACAGCACCGUCAGUCAGCCCAACCUCAAAUACACCAUCAAAUGUGUAGCCCUGGCAAUCUAUUACCACAUAAAAAACAGAGAUGUCGACGGACGAAUGUUGUUAGACAUUUUUGAUGAGAAGCUACAUCCUCUUUCGAAGUCUGAGGUUCCUGCUGAUUAUGACAAAUACGACCCUGAGCAGAAGCAGAUCUACCGUUUUGUCAGGACGCUGUUCAGCGCAGCACAGCUCACGGCUGAGUGUGCUAUUGUCACUUUGGUUUAUGUGGAGAGGCUCCUAACCUACGCUGAGAUUGACAUCUGCCCUGCCAAUUGGAAGCGCAUCGUGUUGGGAGCCAUCCUCUUGGCUUCUAAGGUCUGGGACGACCAGGCCGUGUGGAAUGUCGACUACUGCCAAAUUCUUAAGGAUAUCGCAGUAGAGGACAUGAAUGAGCUGGAGCGUCAGUUCCUGGAGCUUCUGCAGUUUAACAUCAACGUACCAUCCAGCGUAUAUGCCAAGUAUUACUUCGACCUGCGCUCCCUGGCUGAGGCCAACAACCUCAGCUUUCCCUUGGAACCCCUCAGCAGGGACAAGGCCCAGAAACUAGAGGCCCUCUCACGGUUGUGUGAUGAUAAGUACAAGGACUUGAGGAAACUAGCCAAGAAACGAUCAGUGAGUGCGGACAACCUGAUGGUGGUGCGGUGGUGUCCAGCCAUCAUUUCCUAACACUGGUCACCUUCAGAGGAAUAAAUAGACCUUUGCCGUAUUGUUGCCCUGAAAAGCAGGGAGACAAGCUGGGCGGCUGACUGGAUGUGUGGGUCUGUCUGGAAUAUACACCCACACAACACACAAACCUCCACUCAGAUUGGCACUUUUACAGGUGAGUUUGCCCUCUCUCUGGCUGUUGUACAUAAAAGGUCCCACUGGCUGCCUGAAUCAAACCAAACUGAGCUGAAAGAUGCGGAAUGAUCUGCAGGAGGAAAGCAGGUGAAUGAAGACGCAUUGAGAGACUGAAGUUGAAAAAAAUCUUCAGUAGCAAAACAAACUAGAGGAAUAAGUGGCAAAAGUGUUUUAAUAAUUUUCUUUGAAGUUCAACUUGUAUGUACAUCUGAUUAAUGGAGGUUGAUACAUUCCUUUGAUGUUAACAUUCUGGUUCAGUUGGUUCCUGUACAUCAUCAUUUUACACUUGCAAUCUCCUCACUAAGUUUGUGCUUUCUUGGAUUAGUUUUAGUAUUCCCAUCCAAACACAAUCAGAAAAAACAGUAAAUUCCAUUAUUUAGGUGAGAGCAUAGGUGAUAUAUUUUACACGACCACAUAUCAUCAACGUAACCUUAAUCCCCCCCCACCCCGAGUAUUUAUUACAACUGUGGCCAUUUAACUGAAUUGUCCAGACAUUUCAUUACACAACUAAUCAGAUCCGAUUUUACCUCGAGUAUUAUUUUACAGGAAAUGCUAAUUCAACCACUAUGUACAGAAAUACUUCAAGCUCUAUCAAAUAAAGCAAUAUUCAUUUCAUCUCUGCUAUUAGGAGGAAAUAUGAUAAACCCCACAUGUUCGGAAGAAGAUUGCCUUGAAGAUAAAUGCGAGACAUACUGUAGAGCUUAUGUUGUGUCCACUGCCAUUGUCCUGACACUUGGUGCCUGUAAUUAACGCUAGUUAAACGCCUCUUCCCUCUCUCUCUCUCUCAGGACUAGAACAAAUUUUUCUGAUCCAAUAUUUUGUAUGGUUCUUCCAUCUUAAAAAGAAAUGGCACAAUACAGAAUUUACAUUUAAUAUGAUUCCUUCCGGUUCCGUGGGUCUGAUGAACACCAAAUUGAUUGAAAAAAGAAACAAUGCAGAUUAAAACACUGCCCAGAAAAUUAGAGAUUGUAUAAAUUUGCUGAAUUGUUUUUGUACAGUGUAAAUUAAUUGCCAGUGUGAAAUACCUUUAGACUAAAGGUAUAUUGUAAAAAAAAGCAGAAGGAUGUCAGAAAUAUUUAUGAUAUCCGUUUUUAUGAGAGGGGGCUGCAAAUAAUCUAUGUAUGAUUUUUGUGCUCCUGUGACAAAUCAAGUAAAGAAAAAAGAAGUAUUAAAAUGAAAAUGGGACACACCACUUUUUGUCUAUCAUGUUAACAUUUCCAUGACGGAAAGCAGUCACCUUUUAAUGUGUUGCAUUCUGUAAAUUAUAUAUUGAUAUCACAAAACAAUUCAAGAUCAUUUUUCAAUAGACAGUUUGAACCACAAUACUAAAUACAUCUGGUUUCCAUUUGAAGUAAAGAUUAUAGUUGUUUUUUGUUUUAUACUGAGCCCUGAAACUGACAAAGAUAUGUAGUAAAGGUCAUCAUAAAAAAACGAAGAUUUAAUGCUGUACGUUACAAAAAAAACGAGUAAUGUAAAGUUGCUAUGCCUCCAUUGAAUUUAAAAUUUCCCUACAAUUUUCAUCUUUUCCGCAUUUUCUUUAAAUUUACUCCCCUUUGCUUCUAGAUAUGGUUAACUAGCUAACUAGCUAGCAGUAAAUCUUUAGCUUAACUUUUAAAUGAACUUUGUUACUAAUGUUUUGACCAAUUACUUAGGAAAGUCAGAUAAAUAAUGAGGGACAAAAAAUGUUCCAGAUUAUUUGAGGGAACGAUAAAAAUCUUUGUUUGCACCCAACUAUUUUAUUGCAUUUUAUAAUAUAAUUUUCAUUAAUAUAAUAUCAAUAAUUUAAUUUUUGUCAGUUUCAGAACUCCACAGCAUUAUUUGCUGGAUACAAGCAAACAGUGUUGCUCUACAAAAUGUUUCUUAUUGUAACAGAGAUACAAAAAAAAAAAAAUAGGAAAGAAAGAGAUCCUACAAAAAUAAUAUAAUUAUUAGAGAAUAUUGAUAUUCGGAGAAACUUUUUCUUCUAUUUGGUUUAUACCAGUGCUUGUUUGCCUUAUGAUCAACUGGACUCUCAUUCCUUCAAGACAUUACUGAUAAAAUAACGUCAGCUGAAAAUGUUUAAAACAAUGUGCAAAUGCCUGGCAAACUUUCUAUUGCCUUUUUCUAAAAGAAAAAGGUCUGAAAGUUUCAUUUUCAACUUGUAUAUCAUUGUACUUCCCAUUGGCAGCCUUCACCGCUGUAUUUUAAGUUGCACUGUUUGUCAAACUAAGGAACCAUGUCAGUUGUUCAGGUCUGUCACGCUGGCCUCCAUGAGUUGGAAGGGAAGGAACUGAACUAAGGUCAAGGAGAAAUGAAGGAAGAUGCUUUUCAGUCUGUUGUGCUGACUCAGUCUGCUUGCACAAUACCUGGAUCAGGAGUCUACUCAUUAAAGUUUCUGUAGGAAAAUGAUGUUACUAGAGUUCCUCAAACUGUCUUCAAAGAAUGUAUAUCAUAUUUAUUGUAUGUGUGUGUACAUACAGAGCAGCCCAGUGUUUUCAACACCAAGAGCUGUUGCCAUGUGGUCCACUUUGGUGAGUUCGACCAUGGGUAAAAUACUGUCCUGACAGUGAAGACCAGGAGCGUGUGGCGCUUUGUUGGUUGGUUACUAGAUGAGUGUCACAGCACUGAACUCUACCUCUGCAUAGAGAGUUACCUUUUUUCUUUACUUUCAUUCCUCUCUACUACAAAUAUUUUUGUGUUUGAGAAGCUCAGCUUUGAUCAUAAUUUCCAUGCUAACAGUCCACUACUGUAUAAGAACUUUUUUAUUUUAUUACUGCUUUCUCAUUGAUGGACAUUUUCAGAAAAUUGUAUUCUGUAAUUUUAUUUUGUGCAUCUCAGUAAGUCUAAUAUGUUUUUAUUCUUGUUCUCUAUUGGCCAUAUAGGUUUUUUCUGUUUGUUCUGAAUUGGGAUUUCUAUGUCCCCAUUCCUCUUCUGAAGCAAUGUUUAGGAAGAAAAUAUGGCAAGAAUUAAAAAGUCAACUCUUGCAAAACA